AUGGUGUACUACUUCACCUCGAACGUCGUGGAGCCGGCGGGCUUCAUCUACGUCGGCAAGGACAAGUACGAGAAUGAGGAUCUGAUCAAGUAUGGCUGGGAGGAAGAUUUCCACGUCGACAAACUCUCCAGCGCACACAUCUACCUGCGCAUGCAGCCCGGCCAGACAUGGGACAACCUGCCUGAGCAGCUCGUCAUGGACCUGGCGCAGCUCACAAAGGCAAACUCUAUAGAGGGGAAUAAAAAGGACAACGUCACCAUCAUCUACACGCCCUGGUCGAACCUCAAAAAGGACGGCAGCAUGGAUGUCGGACAAGUCAAGCGCGUGCUCGUCCCUCAUCGCGAAAACCCCAUCGUCAACCGCCUCAACAAGACAAAAGUCGAAAGGAAGCCCGACCUCAAGGCCGAGAGGGACGAUAUGCUCAAGGAGCUCCGCAAGAAGGAGCAGGCUGCGCAGCUGAUCAAGAAAAAAGAAGAACAGCGACAGGCCCAAGAGUGGAAGGAGAAGAAGUGGCAGAAGGACCAUGCUUACGAUGACCUUUUCACCGACGAGAACAUGGCUGCCGCGAGCAACCAGGAUCGAGCCGAGGACUGGGAAGACGACUUCAUGUAG